UGAAGUGGUCCCGGUGACGUUUGGACGAGGUGUGAGGCUUCAAGAUGCGAACGGAUGCUUGAAUAGGUCGAAUCUGAUAGUGACCCCAGGAUAGCUGAAGAUAAUAAUGGGAAGGUGGGUCGGAGCGAGGCCUUGGGAUGAAAAAUGGGAUUUUCGGUGUUUUUCUAUUUCGAGGUGCAAGAGUUAAAAAAAAAAAAAAUCCAACUAACCUCCCAUGGUUAUUAUAAAAAUAAAUCCAGGUAUUUACUCUGGAAGAAGAAGAAGAAGAAGAAGAAGAAGAAGAAGAAGAAGAAGAAGAAGAAGAAGAAGAAGAGAUCCUUCAUCAUCCCACCUCCAUUUCAGUUGCCUGCCUCCUUUCUCUUGACAACGGGGACACGGAAGAGAGCCGAAGGACACCAAAUUCUUCCUCCUUUCCUUUCCUUUCCUUUCCUAUUCAGUAUGGAAUAGUGGAAUACAUUCUCUUGUUAUAGAUGCUCUGCCACGUGCAGAGGAGAAAAUGACCCUGGAAGCCACGCGAUCUGCUAUUUUUAUUCUCAUUAGUUACUUAGUAUACGUAUAGUUAUAGAUAGAUACCUAUCAGUUAUCCCCUUGCUUUAGGGUGAGGUUAGGGUUUUAGGGUAGUAAAUGAGAGUCAAGUAUAGCAGUUGAUAACAG